UGGAAAGCAAACCUGGGAAUCGACCGUCCUUCAAGUUGCUGCAUGGCUAGCGAUUGCCGCUUCACCGCGUUUUCAGAAGGAUGUCAUCAUUACAGGAGGCGAUGCAAAAUUGUCUCCCCGUGUUGCGGCGAGGUGUACUGGUGCCGGCAUUGCCACAACGAAGCUGCGAGCGUCAGUGCAGAGCCGCACGAAGUAAACAGGGCUUCGAUCUGCGAGGUGAUAUGCCAGCACUGCCAUUGCAAGCAACGACCUUCGCAGCAGUGCGAAGCUUGUGGAUGCAAAUUCUCAUCCUACUUUUGCCAGUAUUGCAACUUCUGGGAUGAUGAUGGAAUCAGGAAGCAAGUAUUUCAUUGCAGCAAAUGCGGAAUAUGUCGAGUCGGUGGACGUGAAAAUUACUUUCAUUGCGAUGGCUGCGGCAGCUGCUACCCGGCAGAGAUCCGGGAGUCCCAUACGUGUGUCGAGAACGCCAUGCGACGGAAUUGUCCUGUGUGCCUUCAGGAUCUCUUCCAAUCUGUUACCCAAGUCACCAUUCUUCAGUGCGGCCACACGAUCCACCAGGACUGCCUGAGAGAGCUGCAGAUGUCGUUUGCCGGCCUGCAGUCAUUGCGCUGCCCGAUCUGCAGCGUGUCUCUCUAUGGCUACGAUGAUCUUUGGCACGAAAUGGACCGCCAAAUCGCCGAGACGCCGAUGCCCUUGGAAUGCAGGCAGCAAACAAAGAUUAUUUGCAACGAUUGCCAGCAGCCUUCUUCCGUGGAGUACCAUGUCCUUGGUCAGAAGUGCCCAACAUGCAGGUCCUACAAUACGCGACGUGUGUGAGGGCGGG